CAUCCAAAAAUGGCGUCCGCGAGCACUUGGAUGUUAUCGUUAAAGGUACUGUUCAUUUCCAUUGGUGUACUGACCAUAGCUUUAGGGCUUAAAGUUUCUGUUCCAUUGGUUUUGGAUUUCUCCGUUUCUCAAGCUCCGUUAUUGUGGAGCACGUUCCGUUCUUGGCUCAAGCCGCCGUAUCUUUACGUCAUCAUCAACGGAAUCAUAAUCACAAUUGCAGCAUCUUCGCGGUUUGAUCAAAACAAAGGCGAGAGCGAACGGACCGAGCAGAUGCAGCAGCAGCCGAGAUCGAAGAUCUCUGUGGAUCAACGGCCAUCGGUGGAGUACGAGAUGAAGAGCGGCUUGGAUUUCGGGGUAGUGAAACCGGUCGCGUACCAGCUGAAGGAGAGAGUACAAGAGGUGGAAACGACGGUUUUUGAGGCGGAGACCAAUGUAGCGGUUGUUGAUGAUAGAGAUGGAGGAGGUGACGAGUUUGCUAUCUCGAAAUCGGAGUGGGUUCCUUUGAGGAGAACGGAUUCGUCGGAUAUUCAAUCUGAUGUUCUGUUUCAUGUGGAGAAACCACCGGCUUCCUCUAGAUUCGGUCACCGGAAACCUGUCAAAGCCAGUCCUGAAGGUGGCCGAGCAUUGAGGGUGGCGAAACCCAAACGCCACGAGACGCUGGAGAACACGUGGAAGAUGAUAACGGAAGGGAAAGCAAUGCCGUUGACGAGGCAUUUGAAGAAAUCGGAAACGUGGGAGAAUCACGGCCGUGAUAUCAAUGUCGAGUUGUUGUCCGAUUCGACGGCGGCGAUGAAGAAAUCAGAGACGUUCAGGGACCGGACCAAUUACCAGCCACCAACUGAAAAAGCGAGUUCUCCAUCUCCGGCUUCGGCGGUGAAGCUGAGGAAAGAGCCGUCGCUGAGUCAGGAUGAGUUGAACCGUCGAGUGGAAGCGUUCAUAAAGAAAUUCAACGAGGAGAUGAGAUUGCAGAGACAAGAGUCGCUUAAUCAGUACACAGAGAUGGUUAACCGUGGAUGUUAGCCACUGAUUAUCAUUAAUUAACUGUAGUUUAAAAUUUAAAUAUUGUUUUUU